CCCCUGUCCCCCAAGACAAGAUCUCGACGACGAAAAGUACCAGUUUGAGAGCCGAAGUUGUUUCACGAAAUGCUUUCAAGAAUCAUGGUACCGACAUCCCCAACCUUCGAGAUGGACAAUGUCAACCCCAAAUCCGACGGAACAUCGAGCGUCCUGACUUACGAGCCACAUUCGGAGCAAAUUAUCAGCCUGAUUGCUGCGCCCAUCACUGCAGCCCUGUUGGCAUAUUUGCUUCGUUAUCAGUGGCCAACUGUAAAGGGAUGGCGUCCAUUGCCAUGGACUAAAUGGCUUGUUCUGGGUAUUUACCUGUCUUCGUUUCUUUUUGUACUUGGAUCUUGGACCUUCCAGGUAUUAUUCUUGGCCGAACUGCGUAUGAACUCUACGUUGUGUUCAGCAGCUGGGGCACUGUGUCUCAGUUCAUAUGUUGCAAUCAAGCUUGUCUAUCUCUUCAUGGUCGACAAAGCGCACAUUAUUCGUGGUACCAUCAAGUCACGUCUUCAAUCCAAGCUGUACGUAUUCAACUCUAUCUUAGUGCUGGGAAUCUACUGUGUGAUCGCAACAUUGAACUACGUCUCUCAUGGAGCGCACUACGACAAUGAUACACAAAGUUGCGUCGUCGAGUUGACCAGGGCUACACUACUACCAGUUCUGUGCUUCGACACAGUAGUCAACGUGUACCUCACUUCAAUGUUCUUAGUGCCGCUAUUCAGGCUGCACUCUAUCCAAAUAUCGAUCAUGAAGCCUUGGACAGUGAUGGAAAAUCUACGACAUCUUUCGCAAACGCCACCAAACGUAAGGUUACGGAGACUGGCUCUUCGGACAUUUGCAGGCGUAGCAGGAAGUUUGAUUAUCAGUAUCGUCAAUCUCACAAUACUGAUAGCUCUCUGGGGUGAAGUAGUUUGGCUGUGUUUGACAUGCUGCAACACCGAUAGUAAUUCUUUUCACAUCAUUGGCCAUUCACUGGAUAAACUCCAGCGGCAGAGCAAGACCAUGUCUCUCCGUCGAGUUAGAAUCAGUUUCAGAGACCGUGCCGGCAUCGCCAGAGGCGCUACAGAAAGAUAGCACUGAUGUGGUUACUGAAUCACCAAACGACAUUGAAAAGAAGAAUUGAGGAAUUGCGGACGAGCGAGUACCGCUUGUAGUUGCCGAAAGAGGGGUACAGGAUGGUUGUAGCUAGUUUAGCACCACCGCUCGAGGCAUAGCAUGAGCACAGGUAGUUGAUUUACCUACCUGUAGGCGCCAGUAGCCAGAUGGCUUGAUAAGAAACCUUGUGUUG